GCCUUGCGUUUCUAGGAGUUUUCGCGUCUGGUGUUUGGCGAAGUUUGACUGGCCGGCUGACUCCUGCCUCCGCAGCUUAGUGCAUGAUUUAAAUAGCAGUACCCGCAGCAUAAUUCAGGAGCGCCGCGCCUCCUAGGGCCCCGCCGACAGCCAAAGUUCCAGAAUUAGAACCAGACCGCUAUCUUGCCCAAGCCUGACUCAUUUUACCAUGCAGUGAUGCUACAUGCGCAUUCAAUCUGCUGCUAACAUUUAUAACAAGCCUAGAAGGAACUCCGCACACACCAAACAAAACUUGCUUUCAGCUCCAGCCGCCCGGCAUUUGACUAUCAUUGGCCACAUACCUACAUUCUUAUAUUAUAAGAUGCAGUAGUAUAAUGUGCAAAGGCAGACUCGCUUGCACAGCGCGGCCGAUUCGGCGCUCGGCAGGGCGCUCGGCGACCGACACCGUGCAAAUGCUCAACCGACAGUGCUAAUAGCAUGCUCGGGAUAAAUUUUGAGCUCUGGCUGCCUGCCAGCACCAGAUGCUCGCGCAGCAGCCUCGGUCGGCGGGGCCUGUGUCGACCUGGGCAGCAACACACUGACGUGCUGCCACGCGCCACAGCAGCAGCCGCUUCCACGGCCUCCCCAAUAUCCUUCGGUGCGAGCCCCCCUCCGAACUUCGUACCUAGCAGUACAGGAGUGGGCGCAUGCCCGCGGCCGCUGCGGGAGGCGCAGCAGCGGCGCCGUUUCAACCAGCCAAACGUUCUGCAAGGCGGUUGGGCGCUGCCGGGCCGACCUCACCUGGCGUCGCCACUUUCAGCUACAGCCGCAAAUCCUGGUCAACCAGGCGACAUAACUGGUGGUGGCAGUAGCAGUGGCAGUGGCGGUAGCAAGUCCGGUGGGCGCAGUAGCGGCGGCAGGGGUCCUAGCUCGGCAGCGGCAGGGUCUGGGGCAACAGGCAGCGGGGCAGAGGGUGGCUUCAAGAGGAGCCCGGGUGCAGCCGGCAGUAGCAGUGGCAGUAGCACCAACAUGAGCACCAACAUGAGCAGCAGGAGCGGUGGAGGCGCGGCGGACAGAACCCCGGAGAGUGGCACUAGCAGGAGUGACACCGCUGGCACCAGCAGCAGGAGCAGCAGCAGGAGCGGUGGAUUUAGCAGUGGUGCGGGUGCGGGUGUGGGCGCCAGCAGGGGACCGGGUGCGGCAGGCGGGGGCAGUGCUCGCAACCCCCCCAUCCGCGGCGGCACCGGUAGCAGCACCGGUGGCAGCAGUGGCGGCAGCACCGGUGGCAGCAGUGGCGGCACCGCAGCCAGCGGCAGCGCUACCAGGGGCAGCAGCAGCAGCGGCGGCGGCGGCGACGGCAGCGGUGGAAGCGGUGGAAGCGCGACCAGGAACGGAAGCCGCAUCCCUGGUGCCAAAAGCAACAGCCGCUCCGACGCUGCCGCCAGCGGUGGCACCGCCGCAGGCGGCAGCGGCUCCCGCACAGCCACUGGCACCAACACAACUGGAUUCAGCUCCUUCUCCUUCUCCGCCUCCCCCUCCUCCUCCUCUUCCUCCCCCUCUUCCUCCUCCUCCUCCCCCCGGCUGCAGCGCCUGAUCCGGGAGGCCAUGGCCGAGGCCAUCCGCACCCGCGGCGCCACAGCCAGCGAGGCGGUGGUGGUGGAUCCAGAAUCCAGGAAUGGGAAAGGCCGGAUCCUGGGCAAGGUGCACUGGGUCGUGGAUCCAGUGGCGGCGCUGCGCGAGAUCCUGGAUGGCGUGGAUCCAGGAUCGGCGGAGGGGAUGCUGGAGGGGUUGGAAGGGGCGGUGGGCUUGCACCCAGCCCUGGAUGUGGCGCAAGGGCGGCGCUGGCUCGCCGAGGAUCCCUGGCUUGGCACAGGCGUGGGGGCGAGCGGUGGUGCUGGGAAGGCGGGUGCUGCUGCUGCUGCUACUGCGGAGGGCAAGGCGGCUGCAGCGGCAGCAUCGGCAGCAGGGACGGGCGGGCAGCAGGGCCGCUUCCUACAUGACUUCCGUGGUCACCUAGAGGCGGAGCGGGCGGCAGGGGCGGCAACGCCGCAGUACCGGUUCCUGGUGGUUCCCACAGCCCCCGCGGCUGCUACAGCCGCUACAGCCGCUAUAGCUGCUACAGCCGCUACAGCCGCUGCAGCCGCUACAGCCGCUGGCGCUUCUGCUGCCGAAAGGCCGGCGGGGUCCCAGGCCGCCGCCGCGCGGCCGCCCGCCCCCGCGGCCGACAUGCCGGCAGCCUCCAGCACAGCCGCCAGCCGCCAGUCCGGCCCCGCAGCCGCACCGGCCGCCGCGCCUCCCGGCGCCGCUACCGCGGUGGCGGCAGGCGCUGCCACGUCAGCAUCCGCACCGGCUGUGCCGACGUCAGCAGCCGCAGCCACAGCCGCGGCCACAGCCGCAGCCGCAGCCACACAGGCGCCGCGGCCGCUCGCCGCAGCUGCUGCUGAGCCUGCCACCCCAGCAGUGGUACCCGAAGCACACGCGCCGCCGCUCCCCUUGCCGCCGCCUCUCCCCCUGCCUCUCCCCCUGCCUCCCCCCCUGCCUCCCCCCCUGCCUCUCCCCCUGCCUCUGCCGCCACGUCAGCGGUACGACUACCGCGUGCGGCUGGACGCAGCGGCGGCGGGGGCUGGGGGAGCGGCGGGGUCGGGCAGUCCGGUGCGGGCGAUGGCUGGCCUGCUGAAAAAGGCUCUGACCCGCCACGAGGUGGUGCUGACGGAGGCGCCCAGCCGCCACGACCUACACGCCGCAAUCAAGGCGGUCGCCACGGCCCGAGCGCAGCUGCAGGCGCAGCAGUUGCAGGCAGCAGCCAGGGCGGCGGCAGCAGCCGGGGUCGCGGAGGCCGCGGAGGCCGCAGACGCGGCGGCUGCAGGAGAGGAAGGCGUGGGAGAGGCGGCGGAGGAGGAGGAGCUGGAGGCGCGUCAGGGACAGCCGCGGCAGCAGAAGCAGGUGGUGCCGCAGCGGCAGGGCCGGCAGGCGAAGCGGCAGCCGCCGCCUCCGUCACAGCAGUCUCCACAACGCCUGUCACGGGAGGAGGAGGAGGCAGCGGCGGAGGCGCUGUGGGCUGGGUCUGACAUCGCGCUGCAGCUGCUGCUGCCCAAACAGCCCUACCUGCGCCCGCCGCCGUCACCACCACCACCACCAUCGCCGCCAGCACAACAACAACAGCAGCAGAAGCAGAAGCAGCAGCAGCAGCAGCAACAGUCGUCGUCUCCCUCCAAAUCGCUCAGUAACGCGGGCCCCGGCGGCGGCAGCAGUGGGCGGGUGUGGCGCAUCUACUCGCACCGCGUGCCUCUGCCGCCCCCCUCCCCGCCCCUGCCGCCCCCCUCCCCGCCACCGCCGCCCCCCUCCACCACGCCAACCGCAUCCUCUCUGCCCUCCUCAGCACCACCACCACCACCACCACCACCACCACCACCACCACCACCACCACCACCACCACCACCACCACCACCACAGCAAGCGCGGCCAUCAGCUCCGUCACUGCCGCCGCUGCCGCUGCCGCCGCUGCUGGCGCCGCCGCCGCCGCUGCAGCGGCUGGUGGCGCGGCCCGGUGUGUCAGCUGCGGCGUUGGCGGAGGCGCUGGCGGCGGCGGUGCUGCGGGACGGGGCGGCGGAGCUGGCGGCGCCGCGCGGCCGAGACGACCUGGCGGCGGCGGCGGCGGCGCUGGUCAUGGCGCGUGGGUGGCUAGCACGAGGCGGCGGAGGCGGAGGCGGAGGCGUGGAGGGGGAGGCUGUAGCAGCAGCAGCAGCAGCGGCGGGAGAGGCUGUAGCAGCGGGGGAGGCUGCAGCAGUGGUGCCGGCGUCGGAAACCGACCUGGCUGCUUUUCCGUCCUGGGAGACGUUUGGGCCCUGGGAGGUCGCGGAGGAGGGCGGCAGUGGAGAGGUUGACGACGGCGGUGACGGCAGAGGUGGAGAGGAAGAGGGUGACGAGGAGGAGGCGGGCAAAGAGGAGGGCAGUGACGGCGCCGGUGAUGCCGGCAUGGGUCAUGGCGGCGGCGGCGUGGCGGCGGCGGCGGCAGGCUGACUGGAGGUGGUUGCAGGCUAGGUCGUUGCAGGUGAGGUCGUUGCAGCCCGAUGGCGCCACUGUGCUACACAGUGGUGACAUCCAUGUGCCGCGGACGACGACGCCAGCACUGCUGGCCUGUGCUGGGCGGCUGCUGCGCGUCGGCACGCACGUGUGUACUGCGCGUCGGCACGUGUCGGCAUGUGUCGGUACGCAUUGUGUAUUGGGCUUGUAGAGGCUGCUGGUACCUACAGUUGGUCACCGCCGGAGUGGGUUUGACGUGGGCCUGACGUGGUGUAGUGUGAUGUAGGCCAGGCCAUCCAUGCGGGCAAAGGGCGCGAGAAGCAGGACAAGCAGGACAACUGCUCGGCGGUUGCUGCUGCUGUAAUUGGCGAGUGCU